AUGAUCGAGUUCACUAGUAAUCUCCUGUUGAGUCGUGAUACAUUAGAAAAAGGUCACCUAGAUCAAAUGACAUUCUUACAUCCUUCUUUUGGGCAAUUGAAAAAUACCUUUGGGAGCUUUGAAGAAGAUGCGCAUUUGUUGAGAGGAAUACAGCCAGUGGUAACGAAUGAAAUGAAUCUUGAUGUAGAUGCAAAGAAAACUAGAGAAGCUCUAGCAUCCUCCUCUGAAAAUUCAUUUGAGGAGAAUAAAGAAAGAGAACUUUCCCAUAAAGCAGAUGAAGAUGCUGAUAAAAUUUCAGUCAUUGGUACUUCAAAAAGAGGAAGACGCCCUGAAUUAACUGGCCUGAUAAAAAGAAAGGACGUAGUAAUUAAAUCUUGCCUUAGAAAAAUCAGAACAUUUCAUUGGGUAAAACUCAGGAAGAUGGCUUCAUUCUUAGCCAAAAGAAAAGUUGUCAAGAAAGAGCUUAAAAAAUAUUUGAAAUUUUAUAUCGAACGAGAGUUUGGAAUCGAGCCAAAUCAAGAGUUUAUUUAUAUUCUUGACCGAGUCUUGUUUAUUAAUAAGUCGGAUAAUCCAAGCGAAAACAUUUAUAAGGAUUUGUUCUAUAAUUACAGUUACAACAAGUUGAAGAGGUGAAUGAAACUCCCUUACUUCAAGUGUCUAGUCUACCACUACUCAUUUGAAGUUAAUUCUUCUACUAUGGACAGAGACACCCAAAUAGGAAUUCAGAUAAUUCUUGAUUCAUAGAGUCAUUUUGUCAACUCGACGGAGAAGGUAGUAAAUCUGCUGAUCGAACUCAUAACCUAAUUUUUAAUAUUG